AACCAUAUCGAACGUAUGGUUGUAACAAAUUAUGAAAACAAACUUUGCACUUUAAAGUUACAACUUUAAAGCACGUUUUCUAGAAAAAUUAUGAAUUUUUAAAAAUGAAAGUUAUAAUUCUAGCAGCGGGUUACGGCACUCGACUGCAAAAUGAUAUCGAAAACGAUCCAAGCAAAGAAUACAAGCAUUUGAUGCAUGUCCCCAAACCUCUAGUUCCAGUUGGAGGAAAAUCGUUAAUUUCAAGAUGGAUGAAAGAGAUUUCCAUUUUGAUGGGCAAGAAUAACGAUGAUAAAUGUCUGAUUAAAAUCACUAAAGUUUAUGUCGUUACAAAUCAUUUCUACAUAAAGCUAUUUUCCGUGUGGGCAAAAGAAUGGCCUGAGGUUGAAGUGUUAGAUGAUGGCACACAGACAAAUGAGACCAGAUUGGGAGCUGUUGCAGAUAUCAAUCUUUGUAUAAAUAAAUUUGAAAUAAAAGAUGAUGUGCUAAUAAUUGGAGGUGAUACAUUGUUUUACCACGACUUUGACUUAAGAAUAUUUCUUGAAGAAUUUAGUAAAAAGAAUGAAGAAGGUUUUGAUGGAGCUUUAGUUACUUGUUAUAAAUGCAAAGAUUCAGACACAAAAAGAGCAGGAAUUUUGGAAUUAGAUGCUAAUAAUCGAGUUGUUGCAUUUUUGGAAAAACCACACUCAUCAGAAACUUUGUCAAGAUGGGCUUGCCCUUGUUUUUACGUUCUCUCAAGACACACUGUGCAAUUUGUUCCUGAAUUUCUCAAAGUGAAAAAUACUGCGCCAAUGAAAGAAAAAGAUGCUCCUGGACAUUUCAUAAAAUAUUUACAAAAAAAGGUGUCAAUUUAUGCAGCGCCUUUAAAAUCUGGACGUUUUGAUAUUGGAAACUUAGAAUCGUACAUUGAAUGCAAUCGAUAUUUUACUUCAACAGAAUAUGGGUUGCACACCUAAAGGUUCCAGUUUCACGAAUUUUUUACGAGUUUUGUAUGGUGGUUCUCACUUCUCAGUUUUAUUAAAUUGUUAUCAUCAUUGUUACAUAGUUAGGUCAACAUACCUUUUAAAAUAUAAGAAUUAAAACAAA